AUGGCAGGCUGGAACCAGACGGAUUUGGCCAGCACAUCUCAGGCUGAAUUCCUCCUGGUUGGAUUCCCUGGGGUCCAAGAGUCUAGAUUCCUCCUCUUCAUCCCUUUUUUCUGCCUGUACCUAUUGAUUAUCAUAGCAAACUCCAUCCUCAUCUACACCGUGAGGGUGGAGGAAAGCCUCCAUUCCCCCAUGUACCUGCUGAUCGCUCUGCUGCUGACUGUCAAUCUCUGCAGCUCCAGCACAUUUGUGCCCAGGAUGCUACUGGGUUUUGUCUUUGAUCUCAGCCACAUCUCACUGGGGGGUUGCUUGGCACAGAUGUUCUUCCUGUACUUCUUCAUCAUGUUGGAUUGCAACAUCCUCCUCCUCAUGGCUUUGGACAGGUAUGUGGCCAUCUGCAACCCACUGCGCUACACAGACAUAAUGACCAGAAAAUACCUGGCCAAGUUAUCCCUGGCUGCAGUGGUGAGGUGCAUCUCUUUCGUCAGCCCCGUGGUCAUCCUGGCAUCCAAAGUGCAUUUUUGCCACUCUAAUGUCAUCGAGCACUUUGUCUGCGAGCACAUGGCCUUGGUGAGCCUGUCCUGCGGGGAUAUCUCCAGGAACAAGAUAGUAGGGCUCGCCAUGAGAGCCAUCACAAUCAUCUUCGACUUGGGCUUCCUCCUGACAUCCUACUGCAAGAUAAUCCGCACAGCCCUGAAAAUUGCUUCUGGGAACAUCCGGCACAAAGCCUUCCACACAUGUGCCACUCACCUCAUGGUCAUCCUGACAACCUACCUCUCCAGCCUCUCCUCCUCGAUAGUAUAUCGCAUGGCGAAGUCCAUCUCUGGGGAUGUGCACAACCUGAUCAGCAUGACAUACCUGUUACUGCCGUGUGUUAUCAAUCCUAUCAUCUACGGUGUGAGGACCAAAGAGAUCAGGGAGCACCUGUUAAAACUGCUGAAGAAAAGAGAGUUGGUUUCAGGCCCCUUUAAGUGGGACGGGCGCGAAGCCACCCAGGGACCCCCCGACACCACGUCCAUCCUGUGCGGCUCCCUGGGCUCCGGGGGCGUCUGGCUCUGCCCUUCCCCCUUCUCCUGCCUCCGAGCGAUCAGCAGCUCUCCACGUGCCCCCGGCGCUCUCCAGCAUUUGACUGGUGGGCGCAGGGCCCCGGCCCUCCUGGCCUGCAGCAGCACACCCUGGAGCAGCGCCGUGCUGGGAGCUUUCCUCAUCGUACCGGAUGCCACAUGCGACCCGGUCUCGUUCACCAGCUUCAGCCACGUGGUCCUGGAGGUCUCCAGCAGCCUGCGCGGCAAAGCCGGCCACACCUGCAGCAUCCACCUGCUGGCAGUCCUCACCGUGUAUCCCUCCCGCCUUCCUCUCUCCAUCAUAGCCUGGUAG